AUGGAAAGUCGAAAAAGAAGUGUAGAAAGUUCGAUCGAUUCCUCGAAAGAUGCGAAACAGCCAAAAGCAGCGAAAGGUACUCAACAGUUGAAUAAAUCAGCAACAAGUAGUUCAAUUUUCUUCAAUUUCAGAGUUGCAUAACACUUUAGCUGCCUACGGAUGCCGGAAAGGAGAACGAGCAGACAUGCAAGACACGCACAUCUUGCAUUCAAAAUUCGAUUUGGGAGAGGAAAAAGACUUUCUGUAAGUGAGAACAUCUCGAUUAUCAAGCUCCCUCUUUAGAUCCCGAUCCUCGUUCUUCGCCAUUUUUGACGGUCAUGCUGGUCCUCGGGCCGCCGUAUACUGUCAGAAUCAUAUGAGUAAAACGGUGAAAAAUAAACUAUCCAAAAGUAGUCAUUCGAUCGAAGACCUUUUCUAAACUUAUUUCAUUUACAGCCAUAGACUUUGCUUCUCUAACAAAAUCUCUGAAAACGACAUUCGCAGAAAGUUACAAGGCGGUCGAUGAUGGAUUUCUGACGGUGGCGAAGCAGAAGUGGGAAAACUCGGAAAAGCUUGCACAAAACGACACUGUCUUUCUUUUCAGUAAACCCGUGUGGAAAGACGGAACGACAGCAACGACAAUGAUCAUUCUGAACAACACCGUCUACGUGGCAAACAUCGGAGACAGCCGAGCAGUUGUCGCCCGUAAAAAGGAGGACGGCUCCCUCUCCCCAGUCUGCCUCACCGUCGAUCACAACCCGAUGGCUCACGACGAACGAAUGAGAAUUCAAAAGGCCGGAGCUGUCGUCAAGUGUGUGUGGUCACUUGUUAACUAAACAAGAAUAUUUUUCCAGAGACGGACGCAUUAACGGAGUCAUCGAAGUUUCCCGCUCAAUCGGAGACGUCCCAUUCAAAGCGCUCGGAAUAGUUUGCGCUCCGGAUCUAAAAAAGUUGACACUGACUGCCAAUGAUUUGUGA